AUGUCGAAGAGAGAGCGCAGGACGCACGCACUCAAGUGUGUGGUGGUGGGUGACGGUGCCGUGGGCAAGACGUCCCUCAUUACCACCUACGCCACCAACCGCUUCCCCGACAAUCAGUACACCGUGUUCGGCAACAAGACCAUCGACCUCGCGCUGUGGGACACCGCCGGCCAGGACGACUACGACCGGCUGCGGCCGCUGGACCUACCCCGAGACCGACGUCUUCCUCAUCUGCUUCUCCGUCACCUCGCCCACGUCCUACGCCAAUGUGCGCACCAAGUGGCACCCCGGAGCUCACCCACCACUGCCCAACGUGCCCACGCUGCUGGUCGGCACCAAGACCGAUCUACGGCGCGACGAAGACCACGACGACGACGACGACGACGACGACGACGGUCGGACAACGCAGCUGCACAUAAGGGCGGAGCAGGGCGAGCAACUGGCCAAGAUAUCGGGGCCUUCAUGUACGCGGAGUGUGCAGCCAAGACCCAGGAGGGCCUGCAGAACCUGUUCCACGAGGCCAUCCGAGUGGCGCUCAACCCGGCCUGCAACAACGGCAAGACCGGCUUGGGCAACAAAGAAACGAAGACGUGUUCUCUCUUCUGA